UCCCUUCUUUUGCUUCAAACACACAACCACCUUCACAGAGGCUCAAUUAUAAUGGCACCGAAAAGCCGUAGCUACCAGGUAUCAGCAACCCCAGUUACAAUAUUUGCCCAUUUGUUAGCUAUAGCCAUAACAACCCUUGUGCUUAUUUGGCUCCUACACUUCCGCCAUGGCCUUGCCCUCAACUCCUUCAUCACAGAGAAAAUUUUAAACGUUCAUACGCUUCUAAUGGUAAUUGGGUUUAUUUUGAUUGGAGGAGAAGCUAUCAUGGCAUACAAGACAGUCCCAGGGAAAAGGAACACACAGAAAAUGGUGCACCUGAUAUUGCAUUUUCUAGCUCUGGUGGCUAUAAUCUUGGGGAUUUAUGCAGCUUUCAAGUUUAAUCAUGAAUCGGGAAUUCCAAAUUUGCUCACCUUACAUUCCUGGCUCGGCAUAAUCACCAUCUCUUUAUUUGGUCUUCAGUGGUUGUUUGCUUUCUUUGCCUAUGUGUUUCCGGGUGCAGAAUCGUCAGCAAGGGGAAAUCUUGUGCCAUGGCACACUUUCGUGGGCACGGUCAUCUUUCUGCUAGCAGUAUGCACUGCCGAGGCAGGGUUGCUGGAGAGGUUCCUUUUCUUAAGCAUAGGGCGCACCCAAGAAACACUUAUAAUCAACUUCACUGGGCUUUUGAUCUUUCUAUUUGCAGCCAGCGUCAGCCUCACUGUCCUCCUCCCUCGACUUAAAAAUUAA